AUGGAUUCAGCUAAGGAAGGGACAAAAAAGAAAUAUGCUGCAGGGUUUCGUGAGGAAUGGAAGGAAAAAUUUCCUUGGCUUAAUCAGGUAAAAGGGGGCAAAAAGUGUGUAGUUUGUGACAUACAAAUUGCCGGUGGUCUCAGUCAUAUAGAGCGUCAUGCGUCCCGUGAAUGUCACAAGAAAAUUUUUAAUAUUUAUAAUAUGCCAUUUACGAUUUUAGAUCAUUUAAAUCAAAUUAUAAAGAGUGGCAUUCCAGAUUCUCAAAUAACAAAAAAAUUUCUUAUAAAUCGGCACAAAGCUCAACAAAUAAUUAACAAUACAACAGGGCCAGAAAAUACGAAAUUCAUUAGCAAGUUUUGUAACGAAAAUUACUACUCAAUUGUAAUUGACGAAAGCACUGACUGCACUGUGUCCAAACAUUUGGCAAUUAUUAUAAGGACUUUUAAUGGAAAGUGCCAAGAUAGAUUUCUUUCAUUAGAAUAUAUUGUGGAGUCGACCGGCAAAGGCAUUGCAGACACAAUUAUUGAUGUUUUACGUAACUGCAAUAUUCCUCUUGACAAAAUGAUCGGAUUUACAGCUGAUAAUUGUUCGGUUAUGAUGGGAAAAAACAACGGUGUGCAGGCAAUAUUAAAAUUAUCUGUUCCAAACCUAUUUGUAACCGGAUGUGUUUGUCAUAUACUGAAUUUGGCCUCCUGUGCUGCGUUUUCGGUGCUACCACCUGAG